GGAGGUCGCGGACGGGGUGGUGUUAGCUCUAGAAGGCGAGAAUUCGGCGGUUCACUUACAAAGGAGCAAAGCAGCAAGCCGUCCAUGUCAGCAUCAGCUUCAGGUUCAGGCAAUGCUCCGGAGUCGACCACGGCAGAGAAGGCCAAUGAUGAAGAGAUACCCCCAGAAGUGGAGCUGUGUUUCAUCUGCGCUGAGCCGGUGCACCUCUAUUCUCUCCCACCGUGCGACCACAUAACGUGUCACAUGUGUGCGGUGCGACUGAGAGCGCUGUAUAAGAAAAUUGAAUGCACCUUUUGCAAGGCUCCUGCCGAAAGCCUAAUCUUUACAUCGUCCACGACAAAGACGUUCGCUGAAUAUACGCCUGAGGAGCUGCCGCACAAGGAUGCCAAGUUGUCCAUUUCUUUCUUGACAAGAGAGGCCAUGGAGGAGACGCUGUUUCUUCUGCGCUUCAACUGCCCGGACACCAAGUGUGAAGUGGCUAGCGCCGGGUGGAAUGACUUGAAGUCGCACAUCAGAAGGGACCACGGAAAGCUGCUGUGCGACCUCUGUGUACGGAACAAGAAGAUUUUCGCGCAUGAGCACACCCUUUACAACAAACACAGCCUCGGAUCGCACAUGAGCUCAGAUCAUCGCUUUUGCGAGUACUGCCACGCUUACUUUUACUCGGACGACGAGCUCUUCGUGCACAUGCGAGACCGCCACGAACAGUGUCACAUCUGCAAAGCUCGAGGUGGCGAGGCGGCGCAGACUUACUUUAAGGACUACACCGCACUAGAGCGCCACUUCAAGUUGCAGCAUUUUCUCUGUCCGAACGCAGAGUGUCUGGAAAAAAAAUUCAUCGUCUUUCCGAGCGAAAUGGACUUUAAAGCACAUCAGUUGGCUGAACAUGGCGCAGAACUAACCAGCAGGGAGCGACGAGAAGCUAUUCGCGUGGAUGCGGCCUUCACAUACGACAAUCCCGCCGAGCCAAGUCGGGGCGGUGAAAGGCGAGCGGGUCGCAGUCGACGGGACGGCAAGGGCAUGGGGGCGGACCAAGAUCAAGAGCAGGAAGCACCCUAUCUUGCGAAUCGUUCAAGUGUCCCUGGUGCCUCACGCGCGCGAGGGCGAAGAGCUGCAUUUGGCGGCUCGCUGACUACCAACAUAGUCGCGGUCGCGGAGAACAAUGCUGUAACCACCGGACAGAGCGAAGAUGAGCGCAUACAACAACAUCAGAUAUUCCUUGCACGUGUCAAGGAUGUGUUUAAAGGCUCUGAACCAAAAGUCUCUUCAUUCCGAGCAGCUGUCCGGGGCUACCUCGCUGGCGAAAUGUCAGCGAAGGACCUCACUGGCACAGUCCAUAGCCUGACGGGAGACUUGGAUGCCGGAAGUUUGAUCAUCAACGGUCUCGUGGAGCUGCUCGAGGACGAGGAAAAGCGGACGGACGUGUUGACAGCAUGGAAUGGGCUCCGAAUCGAGAGAACACAGUUCCCUUCGCUGGUGCCGAACGGCAUCGGCGCAGCGAGUUCGUCCGGUUUUAGGUAUUCCAACGCCGCGCAAGGACACAUCCAGCUUCGAAAUAUCAAGAGCUCGGCCUCCUCCAGCAGCCGGGUGUGGGCGAACGUCGAAAGAGCCGCUGCUCUGGGUGCACAAGCUGGACGCGGUGCUGGUGCAGGUACAUCUGCGGCUGGGGGGAGAAGCAGCCAAUUCCCAGCACUGCUACGCGCGACCGGACCCAAUGGCAAAGUCGUUCCCGGCUCCGGCUCGCAUUCAGCAGCGGCACUCAAAGCUAGCGGAAGCUCGGCUGUUCGCAGCACGCGCGGCAGCACACCGUGGUCCACCUCCUCCGCACUGCACCAAGCCCCGUCGGCUUCGAGUAGCACCGUAACUCCUCGAAGUCAAGUCAUGCCUUCUUCGUACGCGUCAAAGAGCACGGUAGGAAGUUGCGGGAAUGUGAACAGCAGCGGUGUCAGCAUGACCAAGCAACAUUUCCCUGGUCUACCCGCGCCAAGCUCGAGCGCGACAGCAUUAGCGGAGAAGAAGCGGCAGGCCCUGGCGAAGUCGAAGGGCAUGAAUCGGACGCUGAGCGCCCCUGGCGGUGGCAGCCCCGGCGCUGGCGGAAGCGGCAGCGGAUAUGGCAGCUCGAACGGCGGAAGCGGCGCUUCGACGCCCACGUGGGGUGGAUCCGGCAGUGGCACAGCAGGCGCAGGCCUCGGAUUGGCGAGCCUCGUCAGCAGGAUUGACGGCUCAACCUUUGUCGUGGGGGCAGAGGAAGAGGGCGCCAUCUUGGACGCCGAAACAGGAGACGCGCACGACACUGGAGGCGCCGGCGGUGGUGGAGGAGGCAGGAAGAAGAAGAGGGGCGUUGCGCUCAUGACGCUCGGCGCCGUGCAGAGGGGCUAGGCAGUCUAGGAGACGAUGUGUGUCUGCUGAGGACCAGGGG